AUGGCCGAAUUUUUGCGGCCGUUUGAAGAGGCGACUCUCCUCACGGAAGCGCGGAAGAAGUCAGUUGCCGAGGUUCUGCCAGUCAUUGACUAUCUUCUGCAGGCAUUAAAAACUGAAAUUCAAGCUGCCGAACGGUCCGGAGAUGUGGCUAUGAUUGGGAGGCUGAUAAUUGGGUGGGAAUUUUUGGAGAGAUGCUACUUCCUUAGCGGCAGAUCUCCUGCCUUUGUCGCCGCCGUCUUACUGCAUCCCCGCCACAAGUGGGCGUAUUUCAACGGCAAAUGGAGGGCACACUGGAUCAAUACUGCGAAAGGUUCGGUGCAAAAGCUGUGGGUUGCAAAGUACAAGAACAAACAUGUAGCGGCACAAAACCUACAGGGCGAACAUUUGCUACACAACGAGGACGCCGCAGGAUUUGAGCGCUGA